AUGGAUCUCGCCGUCACCUUGAUCAAGGCCGUCAUGCGGGCGUUCUACUCGACGCGAGACAUCCUCGUGGUAGACGCAUUGAUUCUUCAUGAAGCGUACGCCUCUUUGACGAUGUUGAUUAGUCUACGAGAUGACGAUCUUGCCUAUUUAAUGGCCAUCAAUACGAAAGAUUUGCAUAAGAUUUGCGGAAAGCUACGAGAAGAUCGGUUCCUAACAGUCCACACGAGAUCAGAGUUACGACCGGGGAAUCCCCGACCGAGCAAUCGCACGUGGUACUACAUCAACUAUCGACACACCAUUGAUGCCAUCAAGUGGCGGGUUUACAACAUAGACAAGGAGGUUCAAGGAACGACGGUGCCCGUAAAUGAGAAGAAGGAAUAUUUCUGCUCGUUCUGUAAGGCAGAAUGGACGGCGAUGGAGGUAUUGGACAGCGUUGGACCAGAGGGCUUCAUCUGCCACCGAUGCCGCCACCCUCUCUCGUUUGAAGCAGAUCGAAACGCUGGCGGACAUGAACAGUCGACCCGACUGAACGACCAAUUCAAGUUCAUCAGCGAACUUCUACCCAAGAUCGAUGCGGCACACAUCCCCGAAUGCGACUUUGAUCGAGCGUUAUCAAAAGCUCGGCCUGUGGUUCGCGAUGCGACACACCAACGCGCAGCCACAAUACCCGUCGAUGAUGCAUCGUCUCGACCCAUGGCGGUCAGAGGUCUGGCCAAUACGGGCCCACAGUCAAUUGCAGUCAAUAUAUCUACAUCCGACGGGCCAUCCGAGGCUGAGAAAGAGGCCGAAAGGCUUCGCAAGGAAAAGAUUGCACAGCAAAAUGCGCUGCCUGCCUGGAUGUCCAAUAGUACAAUCACUGGAGAGUCAUAUUCCGCAGCUGCUGAAGCCAAUGCUUUGGGGGCGAGCAAGGACCCAGCAGGUCGAAAUCCGUCUCAGAGCAAGCCCGCCGAUAGUGCUUCCAGCACACAGAUUGAUGACAUUUUUGAGAAACUGAAAGCAGAACAGGCUGCGAUUCUGGCUCGAGAAGAAGAAGAGGAGGAAGAGGAAGAAUACGCCUCUGAAGAAGAGGACGAUGAAUUUGAGGAUGUCAUGGCAACUGGUAAUAACUCGGGGCUUGGCACGCCAGGCGUCAAGAACGAGGUAUCAGAAGCGCCAACCGGCGAGGCAUCUCGAAACGGAGUAAACGCGGAUGACAGGGCGAUUAAGAGAGUCAAGGUCGAGGACGAAGUUAAGAAGGAUGAUAGCGGCCUUGACGAAGACGAGGAUGACGAUGAGGUCGAGUUUGAGGAUGUUUGA